AUGGGCAUGUUUUCUCGUCGCAAGGGUAAGGACGGCAAGUCCAAGAAGAAGGGCGCAAACCAGGAACUCGACCAGCAACCCGCAAAGCCACGAUGGACGGAUGCAUGGGCUCGCACCUCUGUCGAGCCGGAGGAGGUUCACGAGUUGGUCAAGCGGUGCACAGAGGAGAUCAAGUCAAGAGCUCUCGAUCAACCUUUCCUGUUAUUGCCCUUCCGACCGACGUCCGAUCCCAGCGCGGUGCGGACAUUUGUACGCCAUUUCUUCGACAACUAUGCACUUCGCGGCGAGACCUUGGCGCAGGAGCUGCGGAUGGCUGAGCCAAUGGUUAUCGCGGGAGCCAUCAAAUGGUGCUGGAGCCGUCUACAAGGCGGCGUGGUCGGCUGGGAUGCCUACGAGCUGUUCAAGGUGGGCGAACAAGACUCGAAUAUGGCUCGCGACUCGUUCAAGACAUUCAUUCCAUUGAGCGUUGAGAACGGCGCCCGCUCGAGCAUCAUCUUCAACUUCUUCGACCUCCUCGCCGCAGUUGCUGCACACGGCAAGAUGAACGGUUUCGGUGGUCGUAAACUGUCCCGGAUGGCAGCCUGGUGGGCCUUUGAUCACAAAGACACUGGCAAUGGUUUUGAUGGUGGAUACAAGGCGUGGCUGAAGGCCGCCGACGCAACGAGUCACCUCUUCUUCGCUUACCUCAGAACACUCGCUCCGCAACAGCAGAGUCCGGGCGCUAUUUCUAUGCUACCGAUGUCACUCUCGAAGCUUCUUCAGGAGACCGAGUAUCCGCCUAAGAGACCAGUGUUGAUGCAGUCAUCCACAUAUAAAGUUGUGAUGAUCGUGGAAACCGUCUCACCAACCCCCUUCGCACUCUUGCGACGUGGAAAUCAUUUCCAGUACCGAGAGUCAUCCUUGCAGCAGUUCUCCGAGUACGAAGAUCCUGUGGCGGCCCUGACAGAAGAAUGCCGACGAGUCUUACGAGCCGUUGCAGCCGCCAACCAGACUCAGUCCGUCUCCAGUUCAAAACAUUCAACGAGCCUGCGCGACGCCUCUUGGUCGCGGUUUGAGGACAUUGGCUUCACCAGCACGCUUGAUGACGAGGAGGAUUUUGAAAGUGCACCGGCGAGCCCGGGUCCGCAACGACAAGGCCUGAGAAACACUCCCGCGUCUGGUGCUGGUUUUGGUGGUAGACCCACCACACCAUCUUGGGCUGAUUUCCUGUCAUCUGGCUUUGUUGAUGACGGCUCCAACGGUCCCAACAACGUUCUUCUACCACCAGAUAAAGUGCUGCCACCGAUCGAUACGAACGUGCGACAACGAUCUGCCCAAUCCCACAGGCCAAGACUAGAAUCCGGGCGCGAGGUCGAGGCUGGCGAGCUUGCCAGCAUCAACAGGGUCGAUCUCGACGAUGCGUUCUGGUGGGUAUGGAUGAUCAGCUUGGCGCCUGAAGAGACACCUGAGAGAAAAUCGGCUUUCGGACGUUGUGCGGUCAUCGAGACGGUCAUACGGAGUGGGCGGUGGUUGGUAUUCGAGGAAGUGAUCAAGGGCGCCGCUCCCGAACCCCAGGAAGGCGCCUACGUUGCUGAGAAGAAGAGCUUCUUUAGCUGGACAAGGCGCAACAGGGACAAGGAUAAGGACAAGAGUGGCGUUUCCCGGCGGAAGUCCACCGCUGGCAAGAACGUCCUCGAAAAGGGCGAUGGCCACUUGAAGCCUAGUUCAACAACCGGUGCAAUCAGCAAAUCGAGCCUUGGUCCAGACCAGCAGGCAAAGAUCCAAGCCGCAGCCCAACAACUCUCCGCAAAGCAGGAGCGAGAGAGAAGGGACGCUGGGCUGGGCGUGGGCAUUCGUCGCGGCCGAACUGAUGCUGAGCUCAUGGCGGAGAAGACUCAGAGUGUCAUGACGCUGCAGCCGAUGAUUAUGAAAGAGGCCUCGCCGGCGAUGAAGUGGGCAAACAAAUACGACAAGGACGCUAUUCGGGACGCAUACUUGGCGAACUCGAGUGCAGGGCGUGGGAUCGGGCAGAGCACGAUGCAGACAAAUGGACAUCUGGGGUCGAACGGGUAUGGCAUGAUAGCGGAAGAGCCUUCGUACCCGCCUUCGCUUCUCCCGCCACCUUCGCCUUCGGCGCAGUCUCAGGAUCAUCGGCAGGGGGCUCUGAGCCCUGCUCCACCUAUGAAGGACAACGGUCGCGACUCUCCGUUGCCGCCCAUCCCCAAGGAAGAACCCGACAGUGUGGACCUGGCCCGUGAGGACAUGGUCUCACCCGAGCCUGCAGAGGCGUCUAGCCCAAAGACGCACAAGAAGUUGCACAAGGGCGAGAAGAAGGGCGGAUUCCGGAAACUAUUUGGACGCAACAAGAGAGUCUCGCAGCUGCCAGAGAAUGCGGCCGUGGAUCUGAACCAGUUCCUCGCCCAGGACCAGGGCAGAUACACGCCGGAGCCUAUGGCGCAGGAGCAGCCCGAGACACCCAAGCAGGACACCCCUAAGACGCAACCGGCUGAGACACCAGCCACACAGGCAACUCAGGCAACUCAGCCCACUCCGCCUCCUCAAGCUCGUGACGAGCCAGCCGAGCCAGCGAACCACGAGCCAGCCUACGAACCAUCGAUCCAUGAUGAUGUCUCUCGCGUCGACACGGCCGACGCGGAGGAAGCCCGGGAUGCAUUCGCUCGCUUCGACCAAGGACCUCUGCAAGACCAGCCGGCAUUUGCCCCAGCCGAGGGCGCAGAUGAAGAAGACGAUGCGGCCCCUCCACCAAUUCAGCGUCACAGGUCACCGGCUCCUCCCGAGCCAUCACCUCAGCUCAAGCCCAAGCCCAAGUUCGAGCCUCAACAAGAGGGCCCCGCGCCCGCCAUCGAGCGAUGGGCACAGAUUCGCAAGAACGCCGCUGAGCGUGCUGCGCAGAGUCAGCGCCAGAGCGACGACCAGAACCGUCCUUCUGUCCCCAAGGCAGAGCCAGAAUCGGACACAAGUGGCGAAGAGACCAUCGAGUCACGCGUGGCCCGAAUCAAGGCCCGUGUCGCCGAGCUGACUGGCAACAUGGAAGGUGUCCAGGGCCCUGGUUCGCGACCUCCAGUCCCGCGUUAG